AUGUAUCCUCAGGUCGUCCGCCAGCGACGACAAGCUUCGACCACCCGCCCUUCGUCGCCUUCGCUUCCUCGUUUGCCGGUCCCGGACCUACGCAAGACACUCCAGGGUUAUCUCAAAUCCUUGGAGCCUAUACUCCACGAACGCGCCGCGCGAGGCGGACAGUCAUUCGACGCAGCCUACAGAGCUCAACAAGAAGUGAUCGAGGAUUUCGAUCGCGGGCUUGGCAAAGCGUGUCAGGAGCGGUUACUCGAGCUUGAUGCUAGGUCCCCACACAACUGGCUCGACGAUAAUAUCUGGUUGAAGAAGGCGUACCACGAAUGGCGCGCCCCGAUCAUCAUCCACUCGAACUGGUGGUUAGCUCUGGAAGACGACCUCAACGUUCCCAAGAAUAUUAGAUAUCCUUCUGCAGAACGAUUCAAGUUCACUGCAUGGCAAGUUCGUCGCGCAGCCUGGCUUGUGCACCGAGUCCUGGAGUUCAAGGCUCAGCUAGAGCGAAAGAACCCCAAUCUGGAAGACAACCGCUCAGGCAUCUGGUUUAGACACUCAGCAUUGCAGGUGUUCAACAAGUGUCGUGUUCCGCGAGAACAUUGCGAUGUGUUUUCUUCAGCAGCCUCCCUGUCAGAGCCUCACGCCAGACAGCUGUUGGUGAUGUCUUUGGACAUGUUCUACGCGGUGGAGGUGCUCGAUUCCACCGGUCAGGUAGUUCCCCCGGGGAUCAUAGAGCAACGAAUACUCGCCGUGGUGCGAGACGCGAAGACUCGUCAAGGCUCGGGGGAGCGGCCUGUGCCUGUGGGGGUGCUGACGACGGACGACCGGGAUCGCUGGGCAAAGAACCUGCGUCAUCUUCUUUCCCUUUCUCCUAACAACCACAAAGUCCUCCAAACGAUCACAUCCUCCCUCUUCGCGCUCAGUCUCGACGACUAUUCCCAUCACCUCUCGCCUUCCGCCCGCACACCCAACAUCGACCUCACUGCGCACCUGCACAACAUUCGGUCCGGUCACAACGCUCGUCCGGGUUUUAACAGAUGGUACGACAAGCCGUUUACUCUCAUCGUCGAGGCCAAUACUCGCGCCGGAGUCCUCGGCGAGCAUUCACCAGUCGAUGCGCUGGUCCCCAGUAUCAUCGCGGACUACGCUGUCGUCCAAGGCGUCAUUGAAGACGACUUCCCUGCGAAGCUCGACCCCAACGACCUGUCUCCUCGAGCACCUAGCGAAGCAGUCGAAGGCUGGUCGCGCCUUGACUGGGUCACGGACGACCUCAUCGCGCGAGAGUGCGACGCAGCCGCAGAGCGCGCAAAGCAGAUCGUGGACGACUCGGACGCGGACGAGCUGGUGUUCGACGCCUACGGCACCGACUGGAUCAGGCGGGAAGCGCGCCUGUCGCCGGACGGGUACAUCCAGAUGGCGAUGCAACUUGCGUGGUACCGCACGCGCGGCUCGUUCACCGCGACGUAUGAGACCGUCCUCACUCGUCUGUUUGAUCGCGGGCGCACCGAGACAGUGCGGACGUUGUCGACGGAUAGCCGGGCGUGGGUCCUUGCGAUGACGGACCCGGAGAGCGAUACCGAGACCCGUCUGGCGCUCCUUCAGCGUGCGAUACAGACGCAUACGGCUGCGACUCGGCAAGCGGCGACGGGUCGCGGGUUCGAUCGACAUCUGCUUGGCCUACGCUUGAUGCUCAAGCCGGAGGCUGGGGAAUCGCAUCCUCUCUUUGAGGACCCUUUGUUCACUGAGAGCCAGACCUGGAAAUUGAGCUCAAGUGGGCUCAGUGCUGGUGAGCAGUUCCGAGGCACUGGCUUUGGAUCACCAUAUCUAGAUGGAUAUGGCAUCAAUUACAUGCCUGCUCCUGAGAGGCUGCGGUUUGGCAUUGAAUCCAAGCAUUCAAACCCUUCAACAAGCACAUCUAUGUUCAUGACUGUUUUGACAGAUGCUUUACUAGAUAUGAGGACACUCUGCACACCUACACUACAUUCACACCUAUAG